UGCCAGGACUGCAUGGGACGCGCGAUAGUUUGCAAGAGCUGCUGCUCAACCAUGCAUGCAAAUCAACCUUUCCAUCAAAUCAAGUGUUGGAAUGGACGCUUUUUUGAAAGCAUCAGCCUCAAGGACAUCGGUUUAGUUGUUCAGCUCAGUCACCAGCCUGGUGAACACUGUUCUGCACCAUCCACUGCACCUCGAAGUUUCGUUGUCCUUCACACGAAUGGCUUCCACCCGGUCAAUCUACAAUUCUGCCAGUUGCAGCAACUUCUCCGCUAUGAGCUGUAUCCCGCCACUUUGGACGACCCAACAACUUGCUGUACAUUUCGCACCUUGGAAACCUUCCAUCUUCUCACUCUGCAAAGCAAGCUCAUGGCGUAUGAUUACUACAUCACUCUCACAAAGCUUACGGAUUGUGUAAGCAUCGGGCAACGCUACGUAAAUCUGUCUUUGCUCAAACGUGCAGGGCGAGGCUAUGAUUCCAAAGGAGUGAAUGCAACAAGGCCUGGCGAGCUCUGUACUCGCUGUCCGGCAUGUCCGCAACCGGGAGUCAACUUACCCGAGAAUUGA